GGAAGGAUGAGAGAAGAACAAUAGAAAGAGGAAAGGAGCCAAAAAUGGCGAACAAGCUCAUCAACCAGAUGGGAUUGCCCAAAUCCAUAGCCAAUAUCUUCACUGCUCGCAACAUCAUCACCGCCAAGGAUGCAUUGUCUCACACUGAAUUUGAGUUGAUGGAGUUGUUGGACGUUGGGAAGGAAGAAGUAACAUCCGCAAUGGCGCACGUUAGCGAAGUCGUGUGUCCACCGUGUCAAACUGCGUUACUACUGCUGGAGCAGCGAGUACGCAACGAGACUUUGGCCGGUCAUCUUCCCACUCGUUUGAAAGGUUUGGAUGACGCGUUGUGCGGCGGUAUACCUUUUGGUGUUUUGACAGAGUUGGUUGGUCCAGCAGGAAUUGGCAAAACACAGUUUUGCUUGAAGCUGUCACUACUGGCUUCGCUGCCCGCGAGUUGUGGAGGCUUAGAUGGCCGUGUGAUAUAUAUUGAUAUUGAAUCCAAAUUUAGGUCAAAAAGAUUGAUAGAGAUUGGAAUAAACAGUUUUCCUGAAAUAUUUCAUAAGAAGGGAAUGGCACAGGAGAUGGCUGGUAGAAUCCUGAUUUUGCGUCCUACAUCACUUUCUGAAUUUGCUGAGAGUUUGUACCAGAUCAAAGUAUCACUCCUCCAGCAACAAGUGAAAUUGCUCAUCAUUGAUAGCAUGGCUGCUCUAGUAUUAGGUGAGCAUGAGUGUGGAACCACUAGACAACAAGCAUUGGGUUGGCAUGUUUCUUUUAUCAAGUCACUUGCAGAAUUUUCACGAAUUCCAGUUGUAUUGACAAAUCAAGUAAGAUCUCAAUCUGGUGAUGAAUCUCGCAUAUAUUCCUUUCAAGCACAAAGCCGCUCUAUAAUAAAAGAUAACCCUGCUACAUAUGAUUCUCAUCUUGUUGCUGCAUUGGGAAUUAACUGGGCUCAUGCUGUGACCAUCCGUCUUGUACUCGAAGCCAGAUCAGGUCAAAGGUUUAUUAAGUUGGCAAAAUCUCCCAUAUCACCUCCUCUGGCUUUCCCUUUUAAGAUAACUUCAUCAGGUGUGAUUCUGCUGGAUGAUGAUGGGAUAGAAAUGAAAGGGCCAGAAAUAAACACUAUUCAGUGCCAAGGUGAUAUAGCUAACAUCAUCCGGUUCAGUCAGUUGCCCCUCGAUGAUCCUAGUCCUCUUGAUGGCCAUCCCUCGAUUAUCCUAAUUGAUCCGUCCUCUUGGUGGCGGUAUGGCCAGGGCAUCUUAGAAUAUAAUUAUAGCAAUGGUUGCACUUACAUAAGAUAUUAACAAUAUUAACAGUGAUGAAAAAUAGUUGAGACAUGCAUUCUUGGUUUCUUAAUCGAAAUAUAGUACUGGUAGCCGCGACAGCAAGAUU